UGUCAUCCACUAUAAAAAUUGCGCUUAUCAUUGGACGGCAUGUUGUUGCGUGAUUAAAAAUUGUGUAAAUUGUAUAGAUUUUGUUGUUUAAUAAGCUGCAAGCACUCCACAGGUGCAUCAAUGGGUGAGGUAAAAGACUGGCGGCCCUUCGUCUAUGGCGGCAUGGCGUCUAUUACAGCCGAAUUCGGUACAUUUCCAAUUGAUACCACGAAGACACGCCUGCAGAUACAGGGGCAGAAAAUAGACCAAACGUUUUCCAAGUUGCGCUAUACCGGCAUGACGGAUGCGUUUGUUAAGAUCUCAAAGGAGGAGGGACUGCGUGCAUUGUAUUCAGGCAUUUGGCCCGCAGUGCUGCGCCAGGCAACCUAUGGCACCAUCAAAUUUGGCACUUACUAUACGCUCAAAAAGCUGGCCAAUGAACGCGGCCUGCUAACGGAUAGCGAUGGCAGCGAACGCGUCUGGAGUAAUAUACUUUGUGCCGCUGGAGCAGGCGCCAUUUCCUCGGCCAUUGCAAAUCCUACUGAUGUGCUUAAGGUGCGCAUGCAGGUGCACGGCAAGGGCACCGACCAAAUGGGUCUUAUGGGCUGCUUUAAGGAAAUUUACAAAUUUGAAGGCAUGCGUGGACUGUGGCGCGGUGUUGGACCAACGGCCCAACGUGCUGUAGUCAUAGCCUCUGUGGAGCUGCCUGUUUAUGAUUUCUGCAAGCUGCAAUUAAUGAGCGCCUUUGGUGAUCAUGUGGCCAAUCAUUUUAUCUCCAGUUUCAUAGCCAGCUUGGGCAGCGCUGUGGCCUCCACACCUAUUGAUGUCAUACGUACACGUCUGAUGAACCAAAGACAUGUAACUGUGUUAAAUGGUGGCAUAACCCGCUGCCCGCUCCCACGCCCUAAGCUAUAUAGUGGCAGCAUUGACUGUGCAGUGCAAACGAUACGCAAUGAGGGUGUGCUGGCGUUGUAUAAAGGCUUCAUACCCACCUGGGUGCGCAUGGGACCCUGGAACAUAAUAUUCUUUAUCACUUAUGAGCAGCUUAAGAAAUAUUAGCAUAGCCCAUCGAAAAAAUGACAUCAGCUACAAGAUGUAUUCUGCAUUCAAACCAAAAAGAAAUCAUGGCAACUUUUGAAGCAAGCCAACUAUUUUAAAAUAGAAAGUAGUCAAUAGUGUAUUCUAGCCAGGACUUAGACACUAAAGUGCCUGACUAUCUAAUAGCCACGACAACAACUCGUACUAACAAUCUUUAUAAUCGAAAGCAAACUAACAAGCAUUUAAAGUAUUUGCAUUUUAGCUAAGAAAGCUCUAGUCUGCAUUUCUUUCGUUUUUCAUUUAAUCGCAUUUAAGUUUAAGCACAACGUUUAACAACAAAUUUAGUUUAAUUUGGCUUAGCUGCAGUAUGAAGUCUACAAAUUAUUUAAUGCUGUAAAUAUGUACAUUAAGACA